CCUCCACCCCCGCCAUGUUUACUGGACUCGUCGAAACCAUUGGCACGGUUGCCGCCCUUGAGAAGCUCGACCAGACAGCCUCGGGAGGCGGCGGCACGUCUCUGACAAUAACGGGAUGUGAGGAGAUUCUAGUGGACGCCCAUCUGGGCGACAGCAUUAGUGUCAACGGCACGUGUCUUACCGUGACCGAAUUCGACAAGUCUUCGUUCAAGAUUGGAUGUGCCCCCGAAACGCUGCGGCGCACCAAUCUGGGCUCGCUGAAGGAGGGCUCCAAGGUCAAUCUUGAGCGCGCAGUCUCAGCAAACACGCGCAUGGGCGGCCACUUUGUGCAAGGCCAUGUCGAUACCAUCGCCACCAUCGAAUCUGUAACGCCCGACGGCAACGCCCUCACCUUCCGGUUCAAACCUCGCGAUACAUCGGUGCUGCGCUAUAUUGUCGAGAAGGGCUAUGUCACAAUAGACGGGGCGAGCCUGACAGUCACCAAGGUGCAGGAUGGCCCUGACGGCUGGUGGGAGGUCAUGCUCAUUGCCUACACGCAAGAGAAGGUAGUGACGGCGAGCAAACAGCCUGGCGAAGACGUCAACGUCGAGGUAGACCAGGUAGGCAAGUACGUAGAGAAGAGCGUGGCAGGGUACUUUGAAGGCUCGGCCAACAGCGAGUUUGCCAUAUUGGAGAAGAUGGUUUCCAAGCUGGUCGACGAGCGGCUGAAGGCGCUCGGAAAAUAGACAUGUGAGGCCGUGAGCAGCCCAGUCAAUAGGGUGGACAUGGCUGCCGCAAAAGCCACGGCCCCACCAGAUUAUCCAACGAAAU